AAUUUCCUUUCAAAUAAAUUCACCUGUUACAAGCGCCCUCGAUACAAGCCACAGAGGAAUUUUGGAAGUACGGCACCGUCUUCUUGGUAGUCUGUCAGGUGUUUUUCCCCUCUUUGUCAUUGGUCGCGACUGCCGGAUUGCCAGAAUACGCGCGCAAAACGCUCCAGAGCGUCGAUAUUGUUCCGACCGAAUCGUGAAGGUCCGUUUUCCGUCCCCCCGCUCGAAUCCACUCCAACUUUGGGGGCUUCUGGUUCUGGUUCCUCCACUCGUCCUGCCUCAAUGUCGCCGCCAGGGCAGAUGAACUGAACUGAACCUCGAAUCUCGAGGUGAUGAUGUGAUCCAUUGGAACUCUUGAGGUGAUCCUUAAGAUUCUUCACAUCGGGAUUCUCCCUGCUCGUUUUGCCAAGUUAUGAGUUCGCUCUGUCAGAGAAGCUGAGCUCGUCCAGCGCGAUGGACCACCUCAGCGGGUCUCAAUGAGAUUUUAGCUGGUGCUUGGCUAUGGCUCGUCGCUCUCACACUAGGCUCCUGAUAGCUCCAAUAUCCGUCCAUCAUCUGUGCUCGCUGAUGGACGCUCAACGCAAGCUAGAAGCACGCUCCGUUAAUAACAGUCCCGGUAGCCUUCUCCUGAUCCCUGACGCGUUGCUCAUUUCGUGACGCAUUCCCGUCUCGUGUUACAGCGUUACACCGCGCAAGCGUGCGCCAGAGCCAUGCGACAGAGACCUCGGGCUGCCAAGCGGCACGCAUUCUCUCCCCAGCAUAAAGUCCCUCUGUUUCCCCAAGCCGUAUCAAGAGUCCUGUUCCCAUCUGCGUUGCGGUUCGGCAUCGCAUCCUGAUCCCUCAUUCCCAUUCGUAGCCUCAUUUAACUACCGCCAUUGUAACACCACCCCUUACUUAGCAUCAUUAGUUUCACACCAUCAGGCAGAUCGCGUUCUAAGUCGUCAUCAGUCGUCAACUACUGGGUCGAGUACUAAGACUUCAUUAUGAGGCCUUUAAGGCGCACCCAGCAGCCUCCGGACCACGUCCAGGAAGCUUCCACUUUUGGCGGCCCGAUCCCCGGAUCGACCAGCAAGGAGAGGGAGAUUCCACGCAAGUUCGACCUCUUAUGUUUUGAAACGAAGCUGCUUCCAUCGGGGGAGGGGCGAUCAGGCAUUCGCGUAUUCGCGGCAGCGCUGCUGCUGCUAGCGGUGACCUUCGGGCUGGUUGUAUCGGAGGUGAAACUACGGCCGAGAUUCAAUCCUUUCGGGGAGACUGGCGCCGCCGGAUCUGCGUCGUCCGCGUCGCUUCUCGUCUCGCCGGGUGGUUCGACAUGCCGCUUUGAGAACAGCGCCAGGCAGCAGGCCUGCUUAUCUGCCAAGCUGCUCCAAUGUACCGCAGCGUCAGAAUCCCACCGCUCAUUCCUCGCUAACUUAGAGACGUCUUUAAGUGAGCUGAAGCAUGCUAUCAGCCGGUCAGACGCCAAGCAAACGGGUAAUAGCACGGGAUCUGGUACUGGUGGUGCUGGUGGUGCUGGUGGUGAUGGUGGUGAUGCUGCUGGUGAUAGUGACGAUGCCGCGGAUGGUGUUACGGCUGCUGGUGCUGGUUCUGCUUCGGCUUCGGCAGAUGCUUCAGGAGGGUCUCAGGUCCUGACACGUGUCCUGAACGGAUACGUGGAGAGACUUCAGCAGCUAGUGGACAGACACAAGCAGGAGCUGGAUUCUGAGGAAGUGGCAGGGAUAAGGGCAGCUGGGGAGGAAGAACAGAGGAGAUUGGAUGAGAAUGGGGGUAGUUCUGGGCAGGACAAACCAAGCGGCGAUGGAGGGGGGAGCGGAGAGGAUGGGAUGGGUGAGGGGACAGGAGAUGCGCGGAUGAGAAGUCAAUUGCAGUCUCCGCAGGCGAAGGGAGAGGUUGUAGAGAGGCUGCUAAGAGUAUGGGGGAUCGUGGGCGGUCUGCAUGGGUAUGAGGGUAACGGAAGCAAGCCAGCAGAGGAGGGAUUGGAGAAGGAUCUUCUUCAGCUGGGUCUGUUUGACUCGCGCUCAUCCAACGGUUCUCUGCCUGUGUGGGGGCAGCAGGGAGCGCGGCUGCAGCAUGCAGUGAUGCAGCAGGCAUUGGAAGAGGUGGUGGAGACAGAGGAGGCAGAGGGGGCAGAGGGGGCAGAGGGGGCAGGAAAACUUGGUGCUUGGCCGAAUGGGAUUGGCCCAUUUCCCCCAUGGGUGACAGGCGCAGAUGAGGAUAAUCUGCCUCUCACUCGCAGGGUCCAGCAUGACUUGUGGCUGCACCAGCACCCGAGGGACUGCACUUAUGUUGAUGAGGGGGAGGAGGAAUGGGGGGAGGAGGGCGGGAAGGAAGGGGGAAAGGGAGCGGGGAAGGGAGGGGACGGGCAAGAAAGGGGGGACGAUGAGGAGGAGGAGGAGGAAGUAGGAAAGAGAGAAGAGAAAGAGAAAGAGGGAGAAUCUGUAACAGAAGAGAACCCAGGGAAAGCGAGCAGAGUGGGAGAGCCAAAAGAAAGGACGCUCCGGCGCUUCUUGCUAGUCGACGGUCGGCAGAUCUACCGGCAGUACAUGGGUAUAGGGGCGCAGAUCAGCUGGCUCACAGGCGCGCUAGCAGAAGCAGUGAGAGAGAACCGCAUCAUGGUGAUCACCCACUAUGAACGGGCGGACCAUGGCGGGUGUGCGGGGCGGGAUAGGGCGCGCUGGUCGUGCUACUUUGCUGAUGAGACCACGGAGGAGUGCAGGAGGAGGGCGGUGGAGUUGGCUGGGAACAAGAGGGCGGUGCGGCAGGGGCUUGUCUCGUUAUCUGGAGGGCACUCGCCGAAACCGGCACGGUUCUUUCUGUACGACCCACCCAGCAUCUGGGGAAGACCCUGGGAUUACAUGCAGAGGACGGUCGAGGUGAAAGGGAGGCUAAUAGGCCGCACCAACGUGGACGCCAGGCGCUGGUGGUUCGCCCAGGCCACGCGCUACCUGAUGCGCUACCCCAGCCGUCGCCUUUGCCUUCUCACUAACAAGGCGCGGCACGAGGCGUUUGGGAGGGAGGUGGCGGAGCUGGCUGCUGCUGCUCUCCCGGAUGGGCUGCCAGAGGUGCACCUGACCCCUGCAAAACUAGCCAAGCACAGGAAGCGGUACCAGGGGCUGGAGCCAGUAUGGGCGGAGGUGAGGGGGGCGGCAGUGGGGAGGCGAUACGUGGCAGUGCACGUGCGGCAGGGAGACAAGUCCAGUGAGAUGCGCCUGCUGCCGCUGGCGGCGUAUGUGGAGCUUGCGGAGAAGGCGCGGAGAAACUUCCCGGACGUUUCUGCCAUGUGGCUGAGCACGGAAAUGGAGGACGUGGUGCAGGAGGCGUCCCGGCUGCUCUCCCCGCGCUGGGCCGUCAAAUACACCGCCUUUCCACGGCAAGGCGCAAGCAACGUGUCCAUGCAGUCAUACGAGGCAGAUGUGGGCGUGGGGCCAACUUCGGACAACGCGUUUGUGAACCUGGUUCUUGCUGCCGAAGCGGAUCUCUUCGUGGGCACACUCGGCUCGACGUGGUCUGUGCUGAUUGAUAAUCUGAGGGUUACUGGAGGGAAGGAGAAGGCGGGGUUUUUGAGUGUGAAUAAGGACAGGUACUGGUUUAGCAAAAAGGUGGGGGGGGAAGGGAGCAAGGGUGGGGGAUGAGUGUGAAGGAGCAAGGGAAGUGGGGAAAGGAGUUGUAGCACAAGAGUGUUUCAAAUCUGACUGAGUUUGCUGCACUACAGCUGCCUAUCUUCUCGCGGGUGGUCUGGGCUGGGGUUUGGGUUCCUGGGGAUUAGUGCUAUUUUGUGUUAUGUUAACAUGGAGGGAAACAAAUUGGCAUCAUGUUCUCCAUCAGUCGAACUGUCUUUUUGGCUCAAGACUAUGAUGCCGCAUGCCAUGCAAUACCAGCACGGCUGAAACCACAUCGAGAGGCAGGAUGCAAGCUCUAGGGCAGGCAUCUCAACACCCUGAUUGCCCUGAUUUUUCAGGGUAU